CAUCACCUCUCCCUUGAUCCAACCCUGCACAAACCCUCCAGCCGUAAUCAUGGGAAUCGCCUUCGACGUCGCGCCCGACCGGCCAGAGAACAUCGACACCAUCUUGAAUGGCCUCGACCGAUACAACCCCGAGACCACCGCCGUCUUCCAGGAAUAUGUCGCCCAGCAGUGCGAGAACCAGACAUACGACUGCUACGCGAACCUCGCCUUGCUGAAGAGCUACCAAUUCAACCCCCACCUCACCCGCGACGAAGCAACCACCAACAUCCUCGUCAAAGCCCUCACCGUCUUCCCCUCCCCCGACUUCCCCCUCUGCCUCUCCCUGCUUCCCCCCUACGUCCUCGCCACCACAAAAACCACCACCCAAUCCGGCCCCCCCGCCGCCGGCAGCCUCGCCGAAGCCGUCCAACACCUCACAACCCUGCACACCCAGCUCAUCAACGCCGACUACGCCGCCUUCUGGUCGACGCUCGACAGCGACGACCUCUACGCCGACCUCGUCGCCGACGUCCAGGGCUUCGAGGAGAUGAUGCGCGUGCGCAUCGCCGUCGUCGUCAGCCAGUGCAUGCAGGAAGUCGACCGCAGCGUGCUCGAGAGCUGGCUCAAUCUCACCGGCGCAAAGUUCGACGGCUUCGUCAAGGAAGUGUGCGGGUGGAAGAUGAACGAGCAGGGCAAGGUGGCGAUUCCGCUGAACAAGGAGAAUGAGGCCAAGGGCACGGUGGUGCGGGAAGACGUCAAGUUUGAGCAGUUUGGCCGCAUGAUCAAGCGGGCGUAUGAGGUGGGUGCGUGAUGGAGUGUGCCUCGAUCACCGGGUUCGGCCUUUCAUUAGCGUGGCGUUGGGCGGUCCAAAAGUCUCGGAGGCGUAGCUUAGAAAGAAUGCAGCGCGAUGCGUGCGGUCGAAGGAGAGCCUCCUUCGUCAAGAUCGUACAUUGCAGGGCAUGCCGUGGGAGGAGCAGCUCGCGAGAGCAUGAGGCGGAAAUACGGGA